AUGGCCGCUGUGUACCGCACGGGCCUGCGGCUUAGCUGGCAUAGGCUGAGCCCCUAUGGCUGGUCAUCCCAGCGCAGCAUCCAGACGCUGCGAGUACUCAAUGGCGAUCUGGGCCAGCUGCCUACUGGGGUUCGAGACUUUGUGGAGCGUAGUGUACGUCUGUGCCAACCAGAGGGCAUCCACAUCUGUGAUGGGACUGAGGCAGAGAACUCUGCCACACUGACCCUGCUGGAGCAGCAGGGACUCAUCCAAAAACUCCCCAAGUACAAUAACUGCUGGCUGGCCCGCACAGACCCCAAGGAUGUGGCACGAGUAGAGAGCAAGACGGUGAUUGUAACUCCUUCUCAACGAGACACGGUGCCCAUCCCGACUGGUGGGGCCCGGGGGCAGCUGGGCAACUGGAUGUCCCCAGCUGAGUUCCAGCAAGCUGUGGAUGAGAGGUUUCCAGGCUGCAUGCAGGGCCGAACCAUGUAUGUGCUUCCAUUCAGCAUGGGUCCUGUGGGUUCCCCGCUGUCCCGCAUCGGAGUGCAGCUCACCGACUCGGCCUACGUGGUGGCAAGCAUGCGUAUUAUGACCCGGCUGGGGACGCCUGUGCUUCAGGCCCUCGGAGAUGGUGACUUUGUCAAGUGUCUGCACUCUGUGGGCCGGCCCCUCACUGGGCAAGGGGAGCCGGUGAGCAAAUGGCCAUGCAAUCCAGAGAAAACCCUGAUUGGCCACGUGCCUGACCGGCGGGAAAUCGUCUCCUUCGGCAGCGGCUAUGGUGGCAACUCCCUGCUGGGCAAGAAGUGCUUUGCCCUUCGCAUCGCCUCUCGGCUGGCCAGGGAUGAGGGCUGGCUAGCGGAACACAUGCUGAUCCUGGGUAUCACCAGCCCUGCGGGGAAGAAGCGCUAUGUGGCAGCCGCCUUCCCCAGUGCCUGUGGCAAGACGAACCUGGCCAUGAUGCGGCCAGCAUUGCCAGGCUGGAAAGUGGAGUGUGUGGGGGAUGACAUCGCCUGGAUGAGGUUUGACAGUGAUGGUCGACUCCGGGCCAUCAACCCUGAGAAUGGCUUCUUUGGUGUGGCCCCUGGAACCUCUGCCACCACCAAUCCCAAUGCUAUGGCCACAAUCCAAAGUAACACUAUUUUCACCAACGUGGCUAAGACCAGCGAUGGUGGCGUGUACUGGGAGGGCAUUGACCAGCCUCUUCCACCUGGCGUCACCGUUACCUCCUGGCUGGGCAAGGCCUGGAAACCUGGUGACAAGGAGCCCUGUGCACAUCCCAACUCUCGCUUUUGUGCCCCUGCUCGCCAGUGUCCCAUCAUGGACCCAGCUUGGGAGGCUCCUGAGGGUGUCCCCAUUGAUGCUAUCAUCUUUGGAGGCCGCAGACCCAAAGGAGUGCCCCUGGUAUAUGAGGCCUUUAACUGGCGCCACGGAGUGUUUGUGGGCAGUGCUAUGCGCUCUGAGUCCACUGCUGCGGCUGAACACAAAGGGAAGGUGAUCAUGCAUGACCCAUUUGCCAUGCGGCCCUUUUUUGGCUACAACUUUGGGCGCUAUCUGGAACACUGGCUGAGCAUGGAGGGGCGCAAGGGAGCCCGGCUGCCCCGCAUCUUCCAUGUCAACUGGUUCCGGCGUGAUGAGGCUGGACGCUUCUUGUGGCCAGGCUUCGGAGAGAAUGCUCGAGUUCUUGACUGGAUCUGCCGGCGGCUAGAGGGGGAGGACAGUGCCCGAGAGACACCCAUCGGGCUGGUGCCAAAGGAAGGUGCCUUGAAUCUCAGUGGCCUGGGAGCCAUAGAUACUGCCCAGCUGUUCUUGCUCCCUAAGGACUUCUGGGAACAGGAGGCUGGUGAAAUUAGGAGCUACCUGACAGAGCAGGUCAACCAGGAUCUGCCCAAGGAGGUACUGACUGAGCUGGAGGCCCUGGAGAAACGUGUGCGCAGAAUGUGA